UAUUUUGCACAAAGCGCCAUGCUUUGUAUGCGCAUGCGUAGUAGUUAGCCAGGUGCUGCAAACUGUCAAAAGUCAUGUAAAAUCCUGCAGACAUUUGUUUAUAUCUUGUAUUCUCGGUUUGCGCCUGAAAAACUAACAUUUCCUUUUCUGAUUACAAGGCAAAUGUGAAUGAAUUGCUUUAUUUUUUCACAAAUUAAUCACUGCAUUAUUUCCUAUGGUUGGUAACAAUGGACGCCGAAUUUACAAAUGGCGACUGACAGUAGGACACACUGUCUGUUUUCAGCUUUAAAUUGACAUGUUAUGUUAAGGUGACAGUGCAUGUCGAUAUCGUAUAAUGCAAAAGUAAUAGUUUUUAUACAUGCUCAGCCUUAUUCAAUAAGUGUGGCUAAUUAAUUAAUGUUAAAUUUCUGAAAUAAUGUCGACUCGCAAAAAGUCAAAAGAACAACGCAUCCUUGCUAACCGAUACCAGGUUGUUUCAAAACUUGGUAAGGGCAAUUUUGGGACAGCGUUUCUAUGUAAAGAUCUUCGACAUUCUAAAUCACAAGAUGAAGAAGCCCAAUUCAAAGUAAUGAAAGAGAUAUCAGUUGGGGAUUUGCAGCCAGAUGAGACUGUGGAUGCUAUGCACGAGGCUAGACUUCUGUCAAAGCUUGAUCAUCCCAGUAUUGUGCAAUUUCAUGACAGUUUUAUUGAUGGAGAAUAUUUUUGUAUUGUCACUGAAUAUUGUGAGGGAGGAGACUUGGACAUGAAAAUACAAGAAUAUAAAAAGUUGAAGAAACAGUUCGAUGAGAAGCUUGUUUUAGACUGGUUUGUUCAAUUACUUCUAGCUGUACAUUACAUGCACAGUCGAAGAGUACUACAUAGGGAUCUUAAAACUAGGAACAUAUUUUUGAAGAAGAACAGGGUAAAGAUAGGAGAUUUUGGUAUAUCUAGAAUAUUAAUGGGAACAACUGAUCUGGCAUCAACUUUUACAGGAACACCUUAUUAUAUGAGUCCAGAGGUUCUCAAACAUGAAGGGUAUAAUUCUAAAUCAGAUGUCUGGUCAAUAGGUUGUAUAUUGUAUGAGAUGUGCUCAUUGGAUCACGCUUUUGAUGGGAAAAGUUUGAUGGCAGUUAUGUAUAAAAUAGUUGAAGGGGAGCCGCCAGAUCUACCAACCAAAUAUUCUAAAGAUCUCAACAAAGUUUUAAAAUUAAUGUUGAACAAAGAUCCUGAGAAGAGACCUUCAGCUACAGAAUUAAUCAAAGUCCCUCUAAUAUCUGCUCACAUAGCUAAAAUGUCAGAAGAAUAUCAAGCUAAGCACAAUAGUCAGGACAGUAACCAUGCCAACAGUGAUGCUGUAGAAAUAGCUAAGGCUCUACGUGAGAAGUCACGUUUAGAUGACUUAAGGAAGUCGGAGGAUGAUAUAAAGUUCAAGAAUUUACCACCAAGGGAGAGAAUGAGAUUACAGAAGAUGCAAAAAGCUGAUAGAGAAGCCAAGAGAUUAAGUGAAGUGGCUCGAGUUCAAUUGAUAGAAAACCAACAACGUAGAACUGCCAUUCAACAAACAUUGUUUAAACCCUCAAUACCAGCAUGGCAGGGUGGUUCAGGAGAAGGGAUAGAUUUAAAAUCGGCUCUCACUGUGAAAAGUGUGGGUACGAAACCUGCCAAUAAGGACUUUGGUACAAGAUCUGCACCAAUGGUGUUAUACGAUGAUGAUAAAAGUUCCGACGAGGACGAACAACAACAGACAAUCAAAUUUAACCCAAUGAGGACCGCUGGCGGUCCGCCAACCGAACAAUACCUGCCAAAAACCUCUGCCACGUCUCCAGAUGAAAGAGCAAUUACUCCGUUAAAAGAUAAAAUGGUUUAUGAUAAAGUGUUUUCCUCUCUUGAUUUUAAAGAUGGUUAUUUUAGAGGUAUUCCCGAGUCACCAGCUCUUGCCAACACAUACUACUCUCAGUUUGAAGAUGAUUUUACACCAUCAGAUGAUGAUGAUGAUGAUGAGAAUGCUGUAACCGUGGUUGCUAAGAAAGGCGUGGCUGGCAGUGGUACUGACGACGAUGAUGAUAUACAGUUUGGUUCAGGCACGCUCACACGUAAAGAUGACGACGAUGAGUUCUAUAAUCAUCUACAAUAUGUUCUAGACAAAGAUAAUGAUGCUGAAGGUACAUUAACUCUUGCUGAUGAUGUUGAGGCCGGUGCUUUUGGACCUGUUGCUAGAGAAUCUAAAAUUAAAAAUCUCAGGGCUGAAUGUGAAAAAAUGUUAGGUGCAGAAGCUUUCAGUAAAGCGUAUGAUUAUUUAAAGACUGCGAGGUACGAGCGAGCUAACGAGGCUACAGAAGAGGACAUUAUGCAGGGACUUCGAGACUUUGUAAAAAAUCCCAGUGACUGUUUCUUAGUGGACCAAUUGUUAUUUUUAGAAGAACAACACGGAACUGCAUCUUUAUAGUGGGACGUGAAGUGGGUAUAUUUGAAACUGAUGUUAAGCGCAUUUUGUAUGGAGAUAAUAAUUAUAAAUGAAUGUGUGCUGAAAAUUCAGCAUGUAAAAUUUAAGUUUGAAAUGCUCCCCCACUUUCAUAUUAUUGAAAAAAUGGUGCAUUGAAAUGCUCCCAAAAUUGGAUUAUAUUGAAGAAUGGUGCAUGGACAGUUUCCAAACAGUUCCUUCAACAUGAGAUUUAGAGGAGAAAAUUAUUGUGUCAACAUUGUAGCUAGAAAAGUUUGUUUUGUAGUAGUUACAUGUACUUUGGGGGCUUUGAGUCCCCUACCUUCCAUGAUCACCGAUUAUUCAUUUUCUAGAAAUAUCUAGAAAUGUUACGUAAUUCUGGUUAGUGCCGGUACUAUUUUCCCAUUCCGUCCAUAACAUUUCUUUAUUUUGUCGAAUGAAUGAAAUUAGAUGUACGUGAUAGAUUAGAUGAACAUCACCAUAAAUUCAUCAAAAGAAUGUACCAUAUGUAAAGGAUAAUUACUAACAUAAUAUUCAGUAUUGUUGCAUUGUAAAAUUUCUAAUUUGACAUCCUCAUAAAUAACUUGUCAAUCAAAAUUUAACUCCCACCUCAAUUAUACUUAAUUUGAAAAUAUAAUAACUUCAAUAUGUGUGUAUUAUAGCUUUACAAAAGUGGUUAGAAUCCUAGCAGAUUUAUUUUUUGCUACUACAUGUAUUUCAUGCAACCUAAAAAUGAAAUUGGGAUAACAUAGCUUUUGGAUCAUUUUAACAUGCUCCUUCUAGAACAGAGCAGAAUUUGUCAAGUAGAUAUUUUCAGUUCAUUUAAGCACCCAGCAAUUGUUUAAUAAGUUUUUAAAUUGCUAUAUAUUGAUUUGCUAUUGAGAAAUAAAUCAUAUAAAUCAUAAAAUAAACUGGUAUGAUAAGAUGUUUCACUAGAAUAUGACAAGUUACAAACUUGAUAUAAUUUCAUUUAUGGACAGUAAUGUGCCUUACAUAGUAUGAUCAUGUAGUUACAGUGUAGAUUUGUUCGGGUAAUAAGAUAAUCAAAGAUGUAAACAAAAUAAAAUUUUGGAUUAUCUUGUAUCGAUUAAUUUGUUAUACUGCUGAAAAUUUGCCAUUGAAUGGUUGACGAAAACAAUUUUUGUAAUAACAUGUAUACAUUUU